ACCAACUGAGGCUGAUAUUUGGUCUCUAGAUUAUUUAUUUUAAUCUUGAAUUAGGUUUGGUAUUUUAUCCGAUUGAUUAAGUGGUGUUUACGAUACGAAAGUGAAGAAAAAACGAACCAGCACAAGUAUUUUUAACUACGCAACUUGCCGUAGAUUUUUCUGCCAUCAUUGUCAUCAUUACCACAUCCCCUUAUCCUGUUUGUAGCAAACAGGUAGCUAGCUGGCUACUCCUACAAUGUUCCUGCGCUCAGUGCUCACAAGUAAGAUUUGGAGGUAGGAUUUCCUUUAUAAAAACUUAUUUUGUAUUUUAAUACAGCGGAAUACGCUGUAUAGAAUAGGCCCCACCCACCCGUAGAAGUAAACAAAGUGUAACCGAGCUGCGUACAGUAGCCACCAUCAUCCUACUCGUGUCGUCGCUUGUAAAUGGAAAUAACUAUCACUUCACAAUGAACUGUCGCUCGGAAGUUCUUGAGGUAACAGUGGAGGCGAGGCAGGUGGAAGAAGCUAUGCUGGCUUUGCUGCACACCAUUUUACUGCACCGCAGCACUGGGAAGUUUCAUUAUAAAAAGGAGGGCACAUACUCCAUCGGUACAGUGGGCACACUGGACAUCGACUGCGACUUCAUCGAUUUCACCUUCGUCAGGGUGUCCUCAGAGGAGCUGGACAGGGUGAUCAGGAAAGCUGUAGCUGAAUUCAAGGAUGCCUUGGGCAACUCUGGCAGCGAUGGCAUGGGGCAAAUCUCCCUGGAGUUCUACCAGAAGAAGAAGUCUCGCUGGCCUUUUUCUGACGAGUGUAUUCCCUGGGAGGUGUGGAGCAUCAAGGUCAAUGUUGUCAAUCUUGCCAACGAGCAGGAGAGGCAGAUCUGCAGGGAGAAAGUGGGCGAGAAGCUGGGUGAGAAGGUGAUCAAUGUUGUUGAGGUCAUAAAUCGCCACGAAUACUUGCCAAAGAUGCCCACCCAGUCUGAAGUGGACAAUGUUUUUGACACCAGUCUCAAAGAUGUCCAGCCAUACCUUUACAAAAUCACAUACCAGAUCACUGACUCUCUGGGCACCUCUGUAAGCACCACUAUGAGAAGGCUGAUCAAAGACACCCUGGCCCUGUGAGAAGAAAGAUAUGGAUGAUUUUGUCCCUAACUGUAUCUACAUCUCUAUUUCUGCUCAAAAAUAUGGCUUAAUCAGCUCUACUGCUACAAUGAAAGCAGUGUCAGUGUAUUCACUUUUCUGACGUCUCUGCCGUGGUAUUGCUUGUACCUCAAGAUUCUUGAUUAUGUAACGUCCAUUUCAAAGAUUUGUUUUUGCAAAUUGUCUUUACUUUCCACCAACUAGACAAUAUAAUAUAAAAUACAACUUUAACAUAGUAGUGAAUAAUAACACUAUAGACAUGUUCAUUUCUUUAAAAAAUAUGUUAUGUUAUGUUGAUAAUGUCAAAUCUGUAAAUUAUUGUAAAUUUUUGACAAUAAAUGUUGUUCAUUGUAA